AUGGGGGACGCCGCCUUGAGCCACCCCGUUGUCGCGGCGGGAGGAGACGCUGGGCAAUCGAGCUUCGGCGCCAACUCGUCCCCCGCCACCGCCGCCGCCGGCGGCUUCGUCGCCCUCGACGUCGGCGCGCUGUCGUCUCUGGCCGGCGACGCUGGCCCGCCGGGCACGCCCACCGCGCCGCCGCGGACACCCAAGGUGAUGAGGUCGCUGUCGAGGAAGGGUGACAGGAAGCCGCCCCCGGCCGAGGCCGAUGCCAACGGCACCGCCGGUGGCGGCAGUGAGCGGCCGCAGCUGUUCGUGCACGUGGCGGCCGGCGACCUCGGGGACGCGCCCGGCAGCGCGCGGCUGGUCGUCCACACGCCGCUGACCGGCACGCCCGGAAGCAAGUCCCGGCGGUUCGGCAGGCGGCCGGCGCCGUGGCUCGAUCCCCGGAGGGUGGUCUUCCUCUUCGCCACGCUGUCCAGCGUGGGAACGCUGAUCCUCCUCUAUUUCACGCUGUCCAUGAGCAGAGCGGACACCAGUACUGGCGGCGGCGGCGGCGCCAGCGACGCCCGGUGA